AAGUGCAGAAAAAAGAAUGGGUUUAAAAGUGUAAAAGUGCGUUUAAAAUUAUAUUAGCAAGUUCCAGGAUCGAGCUGUUACAUUUGGCGACGAGGAAAAGUAGCAGGGUAUGUAGAAAGCUAUUUAAUUCGAUGGAAAAAGUUCAUUUGAAACAUCGUUCGGUUUAGUAUUCAAAAUGGCUGAAACGAACAACGGAGGAAAAAUCGUUUGGCGGAAAGAUGUGAGCAAUUGUGAAGGUGCAGAUGUGAGAAAUCUGUUUAGAUGGAUUUGACACGAAUUAUACCACCUUUUAGAUGCAAUGAAAUGGAGAAAACAAAAUUACACAAAGAAUGGCAGAUUUGGAAAAGAUCGUUGGAAUAUUAUUUCGAGGCGGAGGACAUUACCGAUCAGAAACGAAAACGAGCUAAACUUCUGCACCUCGGCGGGCCUCAGUUACAGGCGUUAUUCCAGUCGCUUCCAAACAGCGAGCGAUUUGCAGUGGUAUCUCUGGAGAAGGCAUACUAUGAUGUGGCCAUCCAAUCAUUCGAUGAUUUUUUUCAACCGGGACAACAAGACGUCUUGGAGCGCCAUAAUUUACGGAGGAUGAAGCAACAAGAAGGCGAAAGGUUUGCCGAGUUCGUUAUCAGGAUUAGACAACAAAUAAGUGAGUGUGGUGUUGACAAGUUCGAACCGAGCGUUUCAAAGAUCCUUACGGACAUCAUGCUAACGGAUACCAUAGUAGAGGGUUGUGUGUCAGACGAGCUGCGGAAACAGAUUUUGCAGAAGGAUCGCUCAUUAGAGGAAAUUGAAGAAAUCGGAAAGUCACUAGAGGGAGUGCAAAGACAAUUGAAGGAUUUUGGAUCAACCCGAGAACAAUUGAAUCAACACGAGCGUGUGUACGAUAUUCAGGCCAAACGGCGGUAUCAACCCCCAAACUCGAAGACAACUGGAGACUUCCAACUUAAGUCCAAGAAUUCUGAAAUAAAAUGUUUUAAAUGUGGGCUUUUUGGACAUAUAUCCACGGACACACGAUGCCCUGCCAGAGGAAAACGAUGCAAGCGUUGCAAUAAACCAGGGCAUUUUGAAGUCCGAUGUCGAAUGCAGGCUAAAGCGCCUUUUUCUGGGAAGGCAGAGGCGACAGACGCCAAGAGGAUUCGGGUGAUUGAUCAUGCAGCUCAAGACGUGCAAGGUACUCGAGAAUCAGAUGCGAUUGAGUCUAGUGAAUCGUCUACGAUUAACUUACCAAAAACAUAUUACGCUUUCUAUUCGGGGAACGAGUCUAAUAUGGUUACAUGCGUGAUUGGUGGAGUUUCACACCAGAUGUUGGUAGACUCUGGAGCAGAAGCAAACCUGAUUACCGAUUUUGAUUGGGAGAAAUUGAAGUCAUCGGGAAUCGAAGUGAUCAGCUGUAAAAAAGGAACUGACCGUGUGCUAAAGGGUUAUGCCAACUCGAUACCGCUUACGGUAUUAGGUACGUUUAAAGCAGUUGUCUGGGUUGGUACAAGAUCGGUGGUAGCCGAGUUUUUCGUGGUCCAGGGGGGACAACGCGCUCUUCUGGGAGACACUACAUCGAAACGUUUAGGAAUAUUGAAAGUUGGCAUGGGAAUAGAUCAGGUAACAGGAAAUUUUGAACCUCUUACUAAGAUCACCGGUGUUUGCGUGCAUAUCCACUUGGAUCCAAAUUUCAAACCAAUAUUUCAACCAAUGAGGAGAGUUCCGGUGCCACUAGAAGAAGCCGUUAACGACAAGCUUAAGGAGCUGAUGGCGAGGGAUAUCAUCGAAGAGAAGAAGGGGCCGGUGAGCUGGGUAUCUCCCUUGGUGGUGGUUGGGAAGGCGAAUGGCGAACCCAGGAUUUGCCUUGAUCUGAGAAGAGUGAAUGAAGCUGUUUUGAGGGAAAGACACCCAAUGCCAGUGAUCGAUGAUUUCCUUGCCAGAAUUGGACCAAAAAUGAUUCGUAGCAAACUAGAUGUCAAAGAUUCAUUUUUACAACUUGAACUGGAUGAAGUUUCGAGAGAUGCGAUGGUGUUUCUCACAGCACGGGGACUGUACAGAUUUAAGCGCAUGCCUUUCGGGUUGGUAUCGGCACCAGAGGUUUUUCAGAAAACAAUGGACGCGAUACUGGCUGGAUGUGAGGGGACCUGGUGGUACAUUGAUGACGUUUAUAUCGAAGGCAAGGAUAAAAAGGAGCAUGAUGAACGUGUCGAAAAGGUAGAGUCAUUUCUGGAGCAAUCUAAUGUAAACUUUUUUUUUUCUUAUUAAUUAAUUGCUUGAAUUGACUAAGAGGUGUGAAUAAAAUCGUUUCAAAUUGAUAGUUAUUGAUUUAGUUUUGUUUAUGUAUUCUUUUCUAUCCCUAAUUUCAUUCAGGUAUUGGCAAGAUUAAAAGCAUGGAACGUACAACUCAACUGGGACAAAUGUAUAUUUGGAGUCGAGGAGCUCGAGUUUCUUGGUCAUAAGAUAACAAGUACAGGAGUAAUACCAUCAGAUGCUAAGAUAGAAGCUCUGGCUGCUUUCCGAAGACCUGAGAAUACUAACGAGGUACGCAGCUUUCUGGGGCUAGCCAACUACUUAAACCGUUUUCUACCAAACUUGGCCACGGUGGAUGCACCGCUAAGAAAUUUAACAAGAAAAGGAAACACGUUCAAUUGGCUAGCCGAACAUGAAAAUGCUUUCAACCAAAUCAAGACAACAUUGUCUAAUUCAUCUUCUCUGGGAUUUUAUCAACGAGAAGACAGAACACUGGUGAUGGCUGAUGCCAGUCCUGUUGGGCUUGGGGGCUUGCUCAUCCAGGUAGAUA